UCCAAUUUUAACAUCAGUUUGUUCAUUUUAUGAUUAUCGAGUUGGUAUAAUUAGAUAGUAGGUGCUUGGAAAAUAGUGUCACCGGUGCAUUUAUGAGCUAUAAGUAUAGGUAUCUACCUAUCGUAUCUGUCGAGUUAGAAGUAGCACGAAGGAAAAAUUUUGUGUAAUAGUCAUAAAUAGGUAAUCUUAUAGGCUACCUAUCUGAUUCAGUGUUUUACAGUGAUUGUGAAAAUUCGCGCAAUUAUUUUGACGUUUGUGCACCAACAUUUUAAUUUUACGAAAAAAUGGCCAAUGAAUCGCAAAUAUCCUCAUUUUACGCGGGCAAGAAGAUCCUCAUUACAGGAGGCACUGGAACCUUGGGCAAAGUGUUAAUAUGGAAAUUACUGCAAAGUUGCCCCGAAGUGGACUCUGUGUACGUGCUAAUGCGUCCUAAACAUGGUAAAGACUCGAUGUCCCGCAAAGAGGAGCUGUUUAGUUUACCGAUUUUUGAAAAUUUCAAAACCAAUAAUCCCAAAGUACUCGACAAAGUGAAAUUCAUAUCCGGAGAUGUCGGAGAAGAAGGAAUAGGAUUGUCGGUUAAAGAUCGAGAUAUGUUAAUCGACGAAGUAUCUGUUGUAUUUCAUAGUGCUGCUGUAUUGAAAAUGGACGCAAAUUUACGUACAGCUGUAAAUGUGAAUACAGUAGGAACAGCGAGGAUGUUGGAUGUUGCACAACAGAUGAAAAGACUAGAGGCUUUUGUUCAUGUUUCGACGGCAUUUUGCUGCUGCGAGAAUCAUACAGUCGAAGAAAAAAUUUACCCCGCGAAGCACAAUCCACAAGACAUAAUUGAUCUAACGCAGUGGAUGGAACCCGAAGUGUUGGAACAACUAACGUCAAAAUUAAUUCACCCAUUGCCCAAUACUUACAUUUACAGUAAACGAUUAACUGAAGCUUUACUUCACAAUUACGAAUCGAAAGUACCCAUUAUUGUUGCAAGACCCAGCAUUGUGGUACCAGCCAUUGAAGAGCCAUUGCCCGGAUGGAAUGAUAGUCUUAAUGGACCAGUGGGUCUUUUCACAGCUGGAGGUACAGGUAUAAUGCGCACUUCUUUGACGACCAAUGUAAAUGUGAAAAGUGACGUAAUACCAGUUGACAUAGCCAUCAAUAGCAUUUUAACUUUACCAUGGGCAAACUCAAAAGAACAAUUAUUAAAGGAAAUCAGCGUAUAUAACAUCACGCAAACCGCAUAUGAUGAGAUGGUUUGGGGUGAAAUAAUACAACUAUUCCUUAACGCAGUUCAAAAAUAUCCGUUUGAUAAAAUGCUGUGGUAUCCAAGUUCUGAUCCCUUUUCCAAUAAUAUUGUAAUAUAUACGAUAAAAUGUAUAUUUCUUCAUUAUUUGCCAGCCUAUCUGAUUGAUUUUAUUCUGUUAUUAGUUGGCCAAAAACCUUUUGUGGUUCGAGUUCACGAUAAACUUCGACAGGGUGAAAAAGUUUUGAGAUUUUUUACUCAGCAGCAAUGGACAUUUCUACAUGAUAAAGUAUUACAGAUUGAAGGGCUUCUCAAUGAUGCUGAUAAACGUAUUUUCCCAAUCAAUAUGAACAUCAUAAUGGAUAUCCAGAAGUAUGCGGAAAAUGCUACAAUAGGAGUCAAAAUUUUCAUAUUUAAAGAGGAUAUGAAAAAUUUGAAUACUGCAAAAAAGAAAGCUACGAUAAUGUAUGUUCUCGAUAAAAUAACACUAGUACUUAAAUACUUCAUCCUCUGGAAAAUUCUCCUGUCUGUGUUCAAUGCGGUUUUGCACAUAUUCCAAGUCAACUUACUAGAAACGAAGUAACUUUAGAAGAAAAAAAAAACUGUGUUUUCAAGUCAUAUACCUUUCUGUAGGUGUAGAACUAUACCUAUAGUAGGUAGAGGUAUAUAUACAAUAUGUGUCAUCUCCAGUGUGGUUCUUUAAACAGGUAGGUAUAGCCUGUUGGUUGAAUAUGUCAACAUUUCAGACUCAUGCAUUUCAAAUGAAUUUCGUCAAUUAAGUACCUAGAGUUUAUUUCAGAAGUACCAUGCUGCGAAUUAUUGGAACUUUUUUUUAGACUGAUAAACUGUCUGUAAAAAAAUAAAAUAAAAAUAAAAAAGUGUUCUGUCAUGAAA